GGAUGGUAUGCCCCUCUAUAUUUAAAAAAAAAAAAAAAAAAAAAGAAAAACUGCCGAUCGCAAUUUGAAAUAGGGGCCUUGAACCAAAUGUGAUUGCUGAUGGACAAUCACGCGAUCUACGGUUACGGCGCGACACGACGGGAGUUUGUGAAUUGUCCCCGUCGGCAAAGAUGCCAAUCGCCCACUUACGUUUUGGAAGGGGGUUACAGAAGCCCGUGCAAACGACGCAGCCGGCACUGUUUUGUCGUUCGCACUCCACCAAUCGCCAAACUUCGACCAGAGUCUUGCCGUCAAAGGCGUACUAUAAUUAAUGAUUGUGAUUGUAGUAGCUCGCAACUCCAGCCAGAACCAAUACUUCGGCGAACUUGUCGACCCUCACCAUCUGUCAGCCCAUCCGUAUCCUGUUGUUGUCCGCCAGUGGAGCCUACAAUAUCAUAUAAUUGUUUUCCAAUUCGGCAACCAAUGCCAGAAACACAAGAGAUAUGUGUGCCUAGACAGCGGGUCAUGGAACCGAAGAGAUCCAAUUGUCGAUUAACUCAGCAUGUGCCCGCGCUACCUUAUCCAAAUCCACCUGAUCGCUUUGCGCCUGCCAUGGAAUGUGUAAACGCACCUAUCGACGAGCCCAUUGAUCCAUAUUAUAAUUAUGAUCGUAAUCGCCAAUCGUCAAUUCCGGGAGUAGCUCCGCUGGCCAACUUUGAUUUAAACAGAUACGAUCGCGAUAAUAUUGGCCAAGCUGGAAGUCCAGGCCGUCGAAGGAAUGUCAGUAUUCGUACAUGCGUCGAUUACGAUUAUGAGCCUGGACAUCCUCAAUAUUCAAGUCGUCCGCCACCUCAAGAUUGGCGUCAUUCACACCCUCAAUUUAUACCAGUACAACGGAAUAGAUAUCCCCCACCUAGCGAAUAUGACUGGAAACCUGAAAAUAGAGGAUGUUCUCGAUAUCCAAGCCAUAGAUAGAUUCUCCGUUUUCCAAGAUUUUCAAAACACAAAAUUAAAUACCAGAACUUAAAAUACCAAAAGAUGCAGUGCUGCUAUCAAAAUUGAUCGUUAUGUUAUCGAAUAGCCACUACAAUAGAAACAUUCGGAAAAUAACCAGAACGCUGUAGCGUGUUUGGUCCAUAAAUUUAAUAUUUUAAAAAUCGUAUCACAACUAAAGAAGAAAUGGAUGAUGGAGAAUAUGAUAACGAUGAUGUCGGCGGCGAUGACUUCGAUGAUGUCGAUGAGGAUGUAGACGAGGAUAUUGCCCAAGAGGAGGAAGUUGACAAUAUAGAGAUCAUUGCGCCCGGUGGCGCAGCUGGUGGUGGUGUACCCAAGUCCAAGCGCAUCACCACAAAGUAUAUGACGAAAUAUGAGCGUGCGCGUGUCUUAGGCACACGGGCCCUGCAGAUUGCAAUGUGUGCACCCAUUAUGGUUGAGUUGGAUGGCGAAACAGAUCCAUUACAAAUUGCCAUGAAAGAGUUAAAACAGAAGAAAAUUCCAAUAAUAAUAAGGCGGUUUUUACCAGAUCAUUCAUACGAGGACUGGAGUAUAGAUGAACUCAUCAUGGUAGAUAACUAACGUGGUUAGACGUAUAAAAUUGGAAUAUACUUUCAAAAUUUUAUUUUUCGAAAAUAUAGAUUAAUUAGUAAUA